AUGCCAAACAAUCAGGAACUAGUAAAACCCCCGUUAAGAGCUGCACACUCAGCUACAGACACUUCGAGGUUAAGAGGUAGAACUCGACAGGUAAGACAUAUUAAUUCGACUAAUGGAAAUUUAGGAUUACAACAAGGUUUAUCUUCAAAUGUGUCUAAUCCAGCAUCAUGGAUUCGAAGUGCAUCCACCUCAAGUUUAAGAAAGUUAAAGCAAUCUUCUGUUAGUCAUUCUCCUGCUAGGUUUAGUCAUAUUUCAUCAGGUAGCAAUCUGGACUCAUUAAUGGCAUCUGGAACACAUUCUGAUAUUUUAAUUACAAAAUUAAAUCCUUCUUCACCUAGCUUAUCGCCUAUAAGAACCCGUGGAAUAUCUUUAGAGCCUGUGCAUAGAGGAAAUGGUGCUUUGACGUUGAUUGAUCAAGAAAUUCAAGAAGAGGACUCUGAGGAUAUGAUAUUAUCGUCUGAUGACGUUGAAGAUGAUGUGGUAUUGGACGUUCUACCGUCUUUUGAGUUAUACAAUACCCUACAUAGACAUAUUCCACAAGGUAAUGUGAAUCCAGAUAUUCAUGAUUUUCCCCCAAGUUAUGGUGAAGCAUCAAACAAUAGUAAUGGGAUAUCAGCUACAAGAAAUUCAAGCACAUCCACUCUAAAUUCUGGUAGGUUACAAAUACCUACUUUAUAUGUUACAUCUGAGUCAAAUACAUCAAUUGACAAUAAUAGCACAACAAAUCACAUUGCACCAUUAGGUACACAGCAAUAUAGAAUUAAUCAUGGCCGAUCAUCCAGCACAAUUAAUGAGUCAGGUGGAGAGAGUGAUGCGGCUGGUAUUGAAGACGAUUUAAAUGAAAAUGAAAAUGUCUUUAUUGAUAAAUUGUACACGUUACCCAAAAUGAAUUGCUCAGUAGAAAUUGAAAUCAGAGUCACAAAACAUCCAUCUUUACCACCUCUUAAAUCAGAAAAUGAGUAUAUGUUGAAGGAAUACACUUCAGGAGAUACUGUUCAUGGUUAUUGUGUGAUUGAAAAUAAAUCCAAUCAACCUGUGAAAUUUGAAAUGUUGUAUGUAACGUUGGAAGGUUAUAUAUCUGUUGUAGAUAAACAAAAAGGAAAAAGGACGGUGAAACGGUUUUUGAGAAUGGUUGAUUUAAGUGCAUCUUGGUCGUAUACUAAUAUUGAGUUGGGCACUGGUUUAAAAUAUAAAAGUUGGGGUAUUGAUUCAGAUAACUCUAUUUUAGGUUUAAAUAAUGAUAGAAUCUUGGAGCCUGGUGUAAAACAUAAGAAGUUUUUUGUUUUUAAGUUUCCAACCCAAUUAUUAGAUACGACUUGUAAACAUGAAAUCUUUUCACACUGUCUCCUACCCCCAAGUUUAGGAGUUGAUAAAUACAAGAAUCAUUGUAAGUAUGCUGCCAUUGACAUCAACAAUACGUUAGGUUGUGGGCAUUUAGCUAGUAAAGGAUCACCUAUUGUAACUUAUGAUAUGGCUGGUAGUGAUAUAUCUAUUAACUAUACAGUGGAUGCAAGAAUUGUUGGGAAAGAUCCUAAGACACAAAAACUAAGUUUGAUAAAAGAGAGUGAAUAUAACAUACGAUUUAUUCCAUUUGGGUUUCAUUCUACAUUUGUUGGAGAACGUACUCCAUCUUGUCAACUAAAGGAUUUGAUGUCGUUAGUUGAGGAAAGAUUAGAUAUAUUAAAGACUAUAUUUAAACGACUAAAUCAUGAUGAAGUUAUCAAAAACUCAGAUAUACAUGGCACAGAGAUUGCUGAUACGAUAGAUGUAGAUGCUGAAUUAGAUGCUGAUGAAAUGUUGGCGAGAAAGCUGGAUCAGCUAAAUAUCAAUAAUAAAGCAGGUUCCAAUGUAAAUGUUAUAAGUUCUUCCGUGUUCGAUGAUAUUAAGAAAUUUGAACCUGACCAAGAUGUUAUUGAGACAGAGUUAAAAUAUAAAAUAAAAAGUAAAUCGUCAUCUAAAAUCAAUUUAUUUUCAGGAUUUUUAUCUGGUGGGUCGCAUUCCAAUGUGUCUUCUGCACAAUCUUCUACUACAUCGUUAGCCUCAUUAAGUAGUCAACCUACUGACAAACGUAAGAAAUCAGACAAAUCGGGUCUUAUUGUGUUGUCCACUUCUACUCCAGUUAAAGCAUUACCCUAUCAUUCUCCAUUAAUAAUACAAAAGACGAACAACAUGGAUAAAAAAUCAAAGCAUUCUCAAGAAAAUUGGGUAAGAAUGACAGAAUCGUUACCUAAUGAAGAAAGAGAAAAGCUGACAAGUUUAAAGAUCCAUGUAUCGUGCAUGCAAUCUAAUAAUACUAUUGGGCAUGAUCCACCAGAAAUUCAAUCAGUGACUACAGAACUGAUUGCAAUAACGGCUAAAUCUGAGAAUUCUAUUCCAAUUAAAUUAAGUAGUCGGAUGUUGUUAGAUUCUGUCAAGCUUGCUUCAAUUAAUAGUACUUUUAAAGGAUACAUCACUCAAAUCGAGGAUUAUUAUAACAUAUUCAUGGAUAAUAAAGAUAAAAUCAAUGAAUUGUACAAUAAGCAUCGUGACAUAGCCAAUGCUGUGGAAUUGAAGUUUUCGGAUUUCAUACCGAAUCAACUUUAUAGUAAUAUUGAGAGUUUGGCACAUCUAACUGUAAAAGUUGAUACAAUGGGAGAAGUUUUCAAAAAACAAUUAAGUACAUUAAAGGAGAAAGAGCAUCAUUCUAGUAGUCUAAGUCUUGCAUCUAAGCAUACCAAUUCUAAGGUUCCCAUAACUGGUUCGGCGUCUAAUGGAUCAUAUGUAAAAACUCAUAAUGUUUCAAGACCUUCAGAAGAAAUAUUUGGUCAUUGGAUCAAGAAAGGUGAUUCUCAUUACGAACGUGAAGUUAAUGUUAGAUUAGAGUUUACAAAUAAUUUACUACUUACAUUGGUACCAAGCUUUGAGAGUUGUAUUUGCAGUAGGUUUUACUGUAUUAGAGUCACCAUUAAGUUCCACCAUAUUGGAAGUUCAAGUAUUGAUAUUCCUGUCAGUAUAAAGCAUUUUUAA